AUUAUUGUCGUUUUUUUCCCAGGUUGCAGCCAUAAUUAGUUGCAUGCCCCAUACUGAAAUAACAAAUUCAAUGAGAGAACUGUGUUCUUUUCAAAUGACUCCACUCUGCCAGCUAAUAGAUAAUGGCAUUGUACCAAUUAAAGGCACCAAAAGUGAUCCAGUAUUGUGGUUAGAUAGACUCUCGUCAAUAUUUAAAAACGUUAACAUUAAAUUAGAGAAAAAUGAACCGAAUCCUUGUAGAUUAAACGCUUUAGAAGUGUGGCCGACCUUAUCACGCACUAUUGACAAAUACCAAGGGGAUUUGCGCAUAAUGGAACGAUGCUGUCGCAGCCUCAGAUUCAUGCUACGUUGUGUGAGUCAGCAAGUACCUGACUUGUUAAAACCGCUCGUCGAACAAUUAGUCCGUCUCUAUUUGAUUCAUAAACACUCAUGCUUUCUGUAUUUGGGGAGUAUCUUAGUGGACGAGUACGCCAUGAUGAACGAUUGCGUGGCUGGACUUCUGGAGAUGCUCAAGGCCUUUAUCGAACCCACCUUCCAAAUGCUUGUUGAAAAAGAUGGACUUAGAAAUCAUCCUGAUACUGUAGACGACUUCUUUAGAUUGUGCGCUAGAUUCCUUCAAAGGGCUCCACUGCCCUUCUUGGAAUGCGAAGCAAUGUCUCCUAUACUAGAGUGCUCUCUAUCUGCCUGUAAUUUGGAUCAUAAGGAAGCAAACACAUCAGUAAUGAAGUUUCUUUACGGUUUAAUAGCUGUGAGUCAAGGGAGUAAGCAGCAGCCCGAUUUCAAAAAACGGCAGGAUAUUGUCACUGAAAUCCUGACAAGUUAUGGACAACAACUGGUUACCAAUUUACUGCACGCGUGUGUAUUUUAUUUGCACUCGUAUAUGCUCGCAGAAGUGGCCGACGUACUUGUAGAGUUGCUGAAUUGGGAUAAGAAGUUCACCGGCGAGUGGCUUACGAUCGCUUUGGAAACGUUACCAAAACAAGUUAAUGGGGGCAUAAUAACAGCCACUCCACAGCAGCUAAGCAACUUUCACGAAACCGUGAUCGAGUCAAAAACCUCAAAAUCAAUUACGCAAGCACUGAAGAAGUUAACGCGAUUAUACCGUUAAAUGUAUAAAAAUACAGUUAUAAAAAAAGGACUUAAUUGUUUGAAUGUGAAGCCACAGUUACAGUGUAAAUAUAGCACUACUUAAAAAAAUCGAAACAUCGUUGCUCUUUGGACGAUUCGUUCUUUUUUAUUUUGUGCAGUUUACGUAUAUAUUUUAUGUAAAUAGAAAACGUUUUCCAUAAGAAUGUUUAUCAUAAUUAAGCAAAUGACUAAUUUUACUAAGUAAACCAUUAAAAAAA